CUCCCGGGAGACCUUGGAACAAGCGACUCGCUCAAUAUGAAAAAUGAAAAUCGCUCAAGCAAGGUCAACGAUAAGCAGUAUCCUUUUUGUUCGUUUUCGAAAAAUGAACGCAAUUUAUCACAUCUUUACAUCGAUGUAAUCAUCUUCAGUUUAUCCAAUAUUAAUCCGGAGGCAAGCCUCGUCAUUUCACGACCAAAAAUUUCCACAUUGAUUAAUUUUGCUUCUAUAUUGAAAUUAUAGACAGUUUGUCUUGACUUGUUUGCAAAAAUGUAAUUCACACAGCAUGGGUAGUAUUGACGUUAUUUAGUGAACCAUCUAUUCAAGCCAAUUCAUACGCGC